AUGCCCAUGGAACCAAGGAACCAAACCAGCACACACGAAUUUAUCCUCCUGGGGCUUUCAGAAGAUCCAGAACAGGAGACUGUCCUCUUUGCUCUGUUCCUCUGUAUGUAUGUGGUCACAGUCGUGGGCAACCUGUUGAUCAUCCUGGCCAUCAGCUCAGACUUCCACCUCCACACCCCCAUGUACUUUUUCCUGGCCAAUCUCUCCUUGGUUGAUUUCUGCCUGGCCACCAACACCGUCCCCAAGAUGCUGGUAAACAUCCAAAUCAACAACAAGUCAAUCUCUUAUCCCUGCUGCCUGACCCAAAUGUACUUUUUCCAUUUCUUUGGCAUCAUGGACAGUGUCUUAAUAGCUGUGAUGGCUUAUGACAGGUAUGUGGCUAUUUGUCACCCUUUACACUAUACCACCAUCAUGAGCCCACGCCUCUGUGUCCUGCUGGCUGGUGGCCUGUGGGUGUUUUCCUGCUUCAUUUCCCUCACCCACAUCCUUCUGAUGGCCCGUCUGGUUUUCUGCGGCAGCAAUGAGUUACCUCACUACUUCUGUGACCUCACUCCCCUUCUCAAGCUUUCUUGUACUGACACCUCUGUGAACAAGAUCUUUGUGCUCAUCGUGGCAGGGAUGGUGAUAGUCACACCUUUCAUCUGCAUCUUGGCCUCCUAUGCUCGCAUCAUCAUGGCCAUCAUAAAGGUCCCCUCUGCAGGUGGCAGGAAGAAAGCCUUUUCCACCUGCAGCUCUCACCUCUCUGUGGUCUCCCUUUUCUAUGGGACCACCAUUGGGGUUUAUCUGUGUCCUUCAUCUGUCGGCACAGCUUUGAAAGAGAAAGCCUCUGCUGUAAUGUACACUGCAGUCACCCCCAUGCUGAACCCUUUUAUCUACAGCCUGAGGAACAAAGACCUCAAAGGGGCCCUGAGGAAGCUCAUCAACAGAAGAAUCACCUCAUCUUCCUGA